ACAGUCCAAACAAAUCGGGCUCACGGUUUCUAGCGUGUAACACAAAUUUAGCCAAAAUGUUCAGCUGUACAAGUCAACUCACAGAGGUAAAUUAAGUUUAAAUUAAGCUACACAGAACUAUUUUGCGAGGAGAGGAGCAGCCAGUUGUCAAAAGAUGUGUGGAGUGUUGUUCUCUGUACCACUGUCCUUACUGUGGGCCUGAUAUGUUCAAACCCACCAUCAAAAGCAAGUGUUUGAAACAUUUACAGGGACACCGCAGAAGAGCAAUACGACACAAAGAGUUCUUUAUUUUCAAAUGUCAUUUAAAGUGCCGAACUGCUCCACACUUUCACUGCAUCAGCUGCACUUCCACCUUCAUGAGGAAGGAUGGAUUUCUAAAACACCUGCUGAUGUGUGAGAGCAAAAAACCCAAGGUAGUGGUAGUGGAGGUCAAAUCAGAGGAGAGCUCACCUGCGUCAGAAACUGUUACAGCAGUCUCAUCUGAGGCAGGCAGUGCUGAAGAUAUGACUGUUAGUGACAGAGCCAAGAGCCUGGUCUCUGGGGACACUCCGAUAAACGGGAAAAGAAAAGUUUAUCUUGUGCAACACUCAUUCCCUGAACAGGCUCCCAUUGUCCUGCAGUCUAUAGAUGAGCAGAGAGUAGACAAGGGGCCCACAUGUGAAGAGAUGGCAGUCCAAGGGUCUGAAAAUGAGAUGGUGGGCCAGGGUCCCACAGCUGAUGGAGAUAUUGUGGAGGGGCAGAUGAGCACAGAUAAACCAUCAAAAGCCUCAAUGGAUGAAGGAAAGCCUUCAGUGGUAGACCUCAGUGUCUCUGUAGGGGAUCACAAUGUCUGCAAUUCUGCUGAGAACCCUCACCCCACAGAGACUGAUGUUGCCAUACGGACUUUGGUUAAUGAAAUCUCUGGACACACACCUGUUGAAAGCACCGUCCCACUAAGGUCAAGAUCCGAUACACAAGAUCUGUGUCCUUUCUGUGGUUUAAUGCUGCACAGGAAAAAUCUGCAGGUGCACUUAAGGAGGAAACACCCAGAGCAAGUGUCAAGUCAAGAGAAACCGGCACCGGCUCAGGUGAAAAACCUAAAACAGCAGAGACUCCCUCUGCGACAACAACAAAAGAUUGCAAUGGAGAGUGAGAUCAGAGAUGUGUUCAGACACUGUAUCAGGUUUCCCAAUCCUAUUUCUGCCUCUGUGAUCGCUGACGAGCCAGUGGACACUGCCAAUGAAAAGCGGUGCAUUACCAUAUUGACCUGCUGGAGUCAGUGUGACUUGGAGAGAGGGGUGAAAUUACUUUUCUCUCAGAAAUGGACACUUCUGUGUAAACAUGGCAUAAUAGAAUAUGUACUUCCAUCUGGAACGAGCACAUACAUGCAGGGAGCGUUGCUUAGAUGCCAAUCUCCAUCUGGGACCCUUAGAGCUGUCGUCCGGGAAGAGGCAGUACAUCAGUACCUGGAGGUAUGGGGUCAAAAUGGUUUGGAGAAAAGUUUUGACCUCACAGCUCUGAAUAAACAUGGAAAAGUGUAUGAAGAUGCUCAGUUCGCAUGUCUAGCCUGGUCACCAUGUGAAAAAAAGUUACUGUAUGUUGCUGAGAAGAAAAGGGUGGAGCCAUCAGGGCUUUCAUCACUUGGAUCAGCCAAUGAGGAUGGAGGGAUAGUGUUGCUGGAGGAACAGGAUAAGAAUUUGUACGCUGAAGACUGGGGAGAGGGACUGAUGGGUAAAUGCUGUCCGGUAUUGUGUGUAGUUGAUCUUAAUAAAGGAGCAGUCAUCGUAUAUGCUGGUGUCCCUCCUCACAUAUCACCAGGGCAGGCUUUGUGGGCGCCUAAUGGGCGGGGCGUGUUGUUUGUGGGCCAGUGGAAUGAGCCAUUCAGAUUGGGCCUGAAGUUCUGCUCCAAUCGUAGAUCAGCCCUGUAUUACCUGGAUUUGAAAGGGAACUGUGAGUGCUUGUCGUCUGAAGGCGUGUCUGUGUUGAGCCCUCGAAUGAGUCCAGACUCCUGCUGGAUCGUCUACUUGCAAGGACAAGUGUUUGGACCACAUCAUCAGUGCCUGAGUAUGAUGCUGUAUGACAUGAAGAACAGAACCACUUCAGUCUUGGUUGAUGUGGUCAGGAGAGCAGUAAAAGGUCAGUUUGCUGGUAUAUAUGAAUCGUUGCCGUCUCACUGCUGGUCUGCAGACAGUGAGAGAAUCUUCUUCAGCAGUGCCUGUGAAAACUAUAAGGCAGUGUUCUCAGUGAACAGAUGUACAGGAAGAGUCACACAAGUGUGUGGAACAGAUGCUCUAAGACUAGAUGACUUUGGGAGUGUGCAGCUGUUGACAAUACAGAAAGACAUGAUGGUGAUGAGCUGCUCAUCUCCAAAUCAGCCACCCUGCCUGAGAGUCGGCUUUCUCUCAUCAGUAGAUCAUGCUGAGGACAUGCAACUUUAUAAUCUGGGCAGAGCAAACGUGUAUGAGGGAUUUGAUUGGCAGCCCAUGUUGAUCACGCCCCCUUCUCAAGAGGAAAACCAUCAGUUCUCUGAUCUGAAUUUUGGAGCAAUUUUGUUGAAGCCGUACGCUCCCGAGAGAAGGAAAACUCCUCUAGUGGUGAACAUACAUGGUGGUCCUCACAGUCAUUUUGCUGCAGAAUGGAAUGCCACAGCCGCUGCUUUAUCCAAACUGGGCUUUGCCAUUCUGAUGGUUAACUACAGGGGUUCCACUGGUUUUGGCCAGGACAGCAUAGAGUCUCUACUCGGAAACGUCGGCAUUCAGGACGUCAAAGAUGUUCAGAGAGCUGUGUUGUGUGCUUUGCAGAAUGAUGCAACACUUGAUCCUGAUAGGAUCGCAGUAAUGGGUGGCUCUCAUGGUGGCUUUCUGGCCUGCCACCUGAUUGGUCAGUAUCCAGAUUUUUACAGAGUGUGUGCAGCACGGAACCCUGUCAUUAAUGCAGCCACGCUGCUCGGAACCACUGACAUUUUAGACUGGAGAUAUUCCUCUGUUGGGAUUCAGUAUUCUUUUGACCUGCUGCCCACAUCACAGUCCCUCACUGACAUGCUAGAGAAAUCGCCUAUAAUACAUGCUGCACAGAUACGCGCUCCUGUGUUGUUGAUGUUGGGUGGGAGAGACAGGAGAGUAUCAUCUCACCAGGGCCUGGAGCUCUACAAAGCACUCAGGAGCAGGAACACACCAGUCAGGUUACUAUGGUACAGUGAUGAGGGUCACUCAUUGUCCAAAGUCAGCACUCAGUCUGACUGCUUCUUCAACAUUGUUCUGUGGUUCAAAGAACAUUUAAAUUGACAGCACUCACAACAACAAUUCUUGGUCUUUGCAAAUCUGCUGUUUCAGUACUGAAGUUCUCAAACACACAUAAAAUAUCCAUAAGAUGUUUUUCUGUCUGCACACAUCAUCAUUGACAUUUUUGCCAAAACUAAAUGUUUAUUAAUAUUUCUGGGCACCCAAAGAGUAUUCAGGUCCCUGGCCACUAGAGAGCAGACCUGUCCAAGUUUAAUCAGCCCAGCAAAAUAAUGGGUCAAAUGACGAAGGAUGGAAUCAUUAUGUAGAGAAAUCUGAGCCAAAAUCCGAACAGUCAUGCUUUUUGUUUUGUGAAAGAUUUAAAGGUUUACUCCUCACUACCUUUUUACCCUUAACUGUAUAAUUGUGAAGCUUGUUUGUAGAAUAGUUUAGUUCAGAAUAAAAUACAUGUACUUUUAGAAUGGAAAUAGAAGAAAAUAUGAUACAUUUUUUUUUUUUUUUUUUAUAGUUUCUAAAAAUGUAUCUGCAGAUAUGUUAAACAUUCCAUUGUGGCCUGUGUUUCACACUAAGAUAUUUAUAAAAAUGAAACGAGAGAGAAAUGUGUACCAAGAUGUUUAUAAACAUAAAACAAGAGAGAAAUGUGUUGCAGUUACUGUGACUGAAGUACAUGUACACAGACACAAGAUCCAGGUGUGCACCCUAUUGAUGGUGGCUGCAAUAAAAGUUCACAUGAUCUAAGAUUCUGGGGUCUAAACUACCCAUAAAAAGUUUUACAAUACUAAGACAUUUUUGUUUUUGAAAUGCUUCUGUUCAACAAAGAUGCAUAUAAAUUGAUUAUUUCUAUUUAAAUAAAUGCUGUAUUUUUUUUUUUUUUUCAAACUUUUUGUUCAUCCAAGAAUCCUCUACUUAAAGCAGAUCAAGUAUUUGGCAUGUAAUGUUCAUUAAAGCUGGCAGUUUAGGACCUAUGAGGGGACUGUUUCUCAAACUAGAGAUGCUGAUGUACACUGUCUCUUGUUUUUGUGCCUCUGGGCCGUCCUCUUCUCUCGGUCCUGGUUGAAUCCAGUUUGCUUUCUUCUUUCAAAACAGCAGUGCAUGGAAUAGCCUUCGUCUUUCAAAAGAACAACAGACUGAUGAAUUUCAGGCGAAGUUUCUUUUUGGCCAUUUUUAAAACCAAAAUAUAACUUGCAAGUGUAAAGUGACAAGUGAACUUAAUACUUCAGCAACUGGAAAAGGACACUGCAUUGCAAUUUCCACACUUUAUUAGUUAGCACAACGGUUUUCAACUGUUGUAAUAAGAAAAGUUUCUUGUGUACCAAAUGAGCACAUUAGAAUGAUUGAUUUCUCAAGCAUUAGGGGACAAAGUGUUUUCUUAGUAAACUGCUGAAAAUGGGACUUUGCCAUCAAGAGUAAAGAUUGAUUAAAAAAAUAAAUAAAAAACUUGUUUCAAACUCUAAUAAUAAUUUGCAACAUUACUAAUGUUUUGGCGGUAUUUUUUUAAUCAAUUUAAUGCAUCCUUGGUAAACAGAAGCAUCAGUUUCUUCCAAAAUACAAAAAUGUGUUCUAGAACUUUUGACCAGUAGUGUAUUUCAUUGUCAGAGUUCCUUUCCUUGAAUGAGUUUUGUACUUUGCCACAUUUUUAUCCUUAAAAUCAAAAACACAAAAUGUAAACUCCCCUUUGACAGAUUUAUUCAAAUAUUAUGUUUCUGUUGUGGACUCUGUUUUUAGUGAUUUGUAUAUUAUUAUUAUUAUUAUAUAUUUUAAUUUGUUUAAUUUAUGGCAUGUGCAACACGAGCUAGCUUUAUCUUACAGUGUUUUAUGGCCGAUUGUAGCAUGUGGAUUUUCAAUAUGCAGAGGGUCUCCUGGGGCAGACUGUGUCCUGUUAGAGUUAAGAUUGCAUUGUUAAUGACCUACAGAGAAAGCUAUAGGACACAGCGGGUCACCUGAGAACACUGCCACUGUGUGUUUGUUUGUGCAUGAGAGAGAGUUAAAUGCUUAUUUUAUUUUAUAUUGUAUAGUGUAUAUUGUUAUUAUAGUUUAUUUUAUUCAUAACCUGGCACCUUAUUUUAUUUCUAUUUUUAUUGUUAUUUGUUACUGUUGUAUUAUUAUUGUCUCGUCAUCUGUUUUGUGUAUUAAUGCUUUGGCAAUAUUGUAUGUAAACACAAUCAUGCCAAUAAAGUACUUUAAAAAUGA